UGAGACGGGCAACAGGCACGCCGUCGGUUCAGUCCGAUAUCCACCGUCAUCCAGUGAGCAUUUCGCGCGCGCGCGUUCGCUCGAUUAUUGAUAUUAUUAUUAUUAUUAUUAUUAUUCGUAAAAAUCUUCGUUUCGAAUGGUUUUUUCAUUCACGUGUUUUCGCGACAGUAAAAUAUAGUAAUAUUGUUGUUGUUUUAUUUUCGUCCGUUUAUACGGCCGUCGGGUUUGUUUUUUAUUUUUUUUAACCAACUCAUCGACUGUACGUCAUGUUUUCGCCUACUCCGUCGCCGAUUUCUCGGACCGUUACGUACAGAAAGAUAACAAAACCGUUAUUGGAACGAAAACGACGUGCUCGCAUAAAUCGAUGCUUGGACGAGUUGAAGGAUCUAAUGUUUUCUGCCUUAGAGGCUGAAGGUGAAAAUGUUGAUAAACUCGAAAAGGCAGAUAUUUUGGAAUUUACCGUUAAACAUCUACAAAAGAUCACUAGGAGAGAUCCCGUAGAAGAAGCUUAUAAAUUUCAAGAAGGAUUCAGCCACUGUGCCAGCGAAGCGUGCAGUUUCCUGUUGUCGCUGCCCGGACUGGACUCGGUGGUCGGCCGGCGGCUGGUCGAGUACCUGGCCAAAUCGGUGUCGCGCGCGCUCGAAUCUCAACUGCCGGCCGCCGCCGCCGCAGCCACCGCGGCCGCGGCCGCUACGAUGGCCGCCGCCGGCCACAGCGGCCGCCGGCACCACCGUCCACUUUGCUGCCAUCGCCGCCGUCUCGCCGACGCCCAAACCCGUGGCCGCCCUGUCCGCGUCCAACCGGGGCCCGCCGCACAUGGUCGUCAGGCCCAAACCCACCAGGCCCGCGUUCGGCCGGUCGCCACCGACGCUGCACCAAGACGCCGCGGCCGCCGCAGCCGCCGCGGCCGCACUGCGCGAUCCCAUGUGGCGACCGUGGUGAUUGAUCGACGCGCCGGCGGCCACACCGCCCGCCUAUUAUAUCGGUGCCGCCGACAGUGGACGACCAAUGCGCAGCUGAAGCGAGUGCGAAUCGUCGUCGUUAGCCGUGGCUGAACCCAUUCAGAAUUAUGACAUUUUACGCGUCACUCGAUGGGGGAGGGGCGGGGGCGAAUAGACCGCGUAAGAGUGUUGUCGAAUCAUUUUUUUUUGUUUUUAUUUUUAUUAUUAUUAUUAUUAUUUUUUUUUUUUUUGAGGUAGUGAGAAGUAGGUGGCUUGGGAUCUCACAAGAUACACCCCUCAUAUCCCGCCUACACGUGUUACAGCCGCAACGAUUCGAGUUUUGCGGUUUUUCGUUUAUUCUUCAUAUGAUAAUUAUAUAAUAUUGUUUUGUGUUUAAUCACAAGAAAUCACAAUUUUAUUGUCACAAUGUAAUAAUAAUUAUACAUAUAUUAUAGGUUAGCCGCAUUAACCGUUUUCGAAUAACGUUUCACGAACAAUUUUUAUUUUUAUUUUAAGACAUUUUUAUUUUUGUCCGGGGGAGAAGGGAGGAAGAAUUUGUUAAAAGUACACGAUCACUCGGUAAUUUAUUAUGUUUUCAGCUUUUGUAAAUAUAGACAUUAUUUAUCAUAUUAUUAUUAUUAUUAUUAUUAUU